GUCGGGUCCACGUUGCCGCCGUCGCCGCAAUGUUCCGUCAACGCUCUCUGCUACUCGCCGCAGUGCUUGCUGUCCCAGGCGUGAUACUGGCCAACGAAUUCAUCCCGAAAGUACCAGAACAAUGUCAACAAAUGGGCUUCUGUGAGAACUUGCCCGACUAUCCGGCAGAACGCGUCGCCGACAUCAUCAAACAACUAGGCACCGAGCUCGACAAGUACAAAGUUCAGAUUGACGCGUCCACAUUGCUGUCCAGAAACGGAGAUGAGGAAGAACUCUGCGAUUUCAAGCGCAAAACUAUAGUGCCUAUGGCUGCGCCGGAUACUAAUGGCCAAUGGCACUACGUCGUCAACCAAAAGGAAGCGCCGUUGCAAAGCUAA